UUUGCACUUACAUUUUAUGUCUGUGUGAAUUAUCCUAGCAUUACACUGACACAAAGUGAAAGUGCAAACUUGCGGUGUACAAAUUAGGAUACAAUUCUUGGGGUAUAAAUAGUUUAAUUCAUUUUACAAUUCCCAUAUCAAAAGUUCAAAACCCAAAUAAGUAAGAAGAAAGUUAGAAAUGCAUCCAUCGGGUGAAUUAAUCAAUCCAUGGCCGAAAAGAAAGUCUUACAAAAGAGACAAUCUGGAGCCAGUGAUUGGGAAGUAUGACAUGGGAAUGGGCCGAAAGGAAAGCACCGCUGAUUUGAAAAACCGAAACAAUUCUCUCUUUCUUCCAUUCAUUAACAUUCCUUUCCACCACAAACCGUUUUUUCACGCUCAUCUAAACCCCACUCCACGCAAACCAGAGAGAGUUAAUGCACAAUGGCCAAGCCUCCGCCGCCGCCGUCGACGACGACGUCGAUGACCAUACGGCCUGAAGAUUACGCCCACAGUCCGGUCCACUACGCCGUCGCAGUUGCAGAUCACAACGCCCUGAAACGGCUAGUCGCAUCCGUAGACCGUCUAAGCGACCCCGCUCUGAUCCACACCGAAUCUGACUCGCUCGCUCAGGAACGACUCGCUGACAAAAUCGCCUCCGUGCUCGACCGCCGUGACAAUCUCAACCGCGAGACUGCUCUGCAUCUGGCCGUCCGCCUCAAGGAUGCAUUCGCUGCACGAGCUCUUGCUGCUGCCGGAGCAGAUAUUUCUCUCCAGAAUGCUGCCGGAUGGAAUCCUCUGCAGGAGGCCGUUGUGCGGAGAUGCUCGGACAUCGUGGCGGCGCUCGUGCAGCACCAGCACCUCGCUGCCUGGUCCAAAUGGCGACGGCGCCUCCCCCGCCUCGUAGCCGCCCUCCGGAGGAUGCGCGAUUUCUAUAUGGAGAUUUCCUUCCACUUCGAGAGCUCAAUUGUUCCAUUCGUUGGGAAAAUGGCCCCAUCAGAUACAUACAAGAUCUGGAAAUGCGGCGGCAAUCUCAGAGCCGAUACAUCGUUAGCGGGAUAUGACGGCCUGAAAAUCCAGCGGGCCAACCAGAGCUUCCUUUUCUUCGGCGACGGAUCCGACUGUGAGAUCAAUUUCGACAUUCCACCCGGUUCGCUUCUGGUACUCAACCACGAUGAUCGGAAAGUCUUCGAUGCAUUUGAAAACGCCGGAAAUCCUUUAACCGAAGGCGAUGUUGCCGAUUUUUGUAGCCAAAGGAGCGUACACCGGCCGGGAAUGGACGUUACCAAAGCAACCCUAGUUGGGCGCACGAAUUGGAGAGGUCAAGGGAAGACGGAGAGCGUCGGGGAGUGGAAAGCCAGGGUUUACGAAGUGAACAAUGUGACUUUUAGCUACCGGUCCCGGAAAGCCACCUUCGGAGAAGCCGGAAGCGAGCAGAUUUUACCAUUAGACUUGGAGCUCGAAGAGGACUCCGACGAUGGAUUUCUAGUAGCGGAGAAUCCGCGAUUCAGCGUCUCCGUGGACGGAGGCGGAGCAGAUGGACCUAGACGCCAUAGCAGCUUUGUUCGAGAGGACCGAGAGCUGAUUAGUGUCUCUCGAAAGAGCGUGGAUAUCAUCCCAGCGCCGCGGCGAAGAUCGACGGCGAUAUCGGUGGCGCCGCCUCCGCAGACGAAGGAGAAGGAGUUCGUCAAAAAUCUGAAACCGUCAGUUUGGUUAACGGAGCAAUUCCCGCUGAAAACGGAGGAGUUGCUGCCGUUACUGGACAUUUUAGCGAACAAGGUGAAGGCCGUCAGGCGAUUGAGAGAGCUGUUGACGACCAAAUUUCCGCCGGGAACUUUUCCGGUAAAGGUGGCGAUUCCGGUGGUUCCCACGGUGAGAGUGGUGGUGACAUUCACCAAAUUUGUGGAGUUGCAGCCGGUAGAGCAGUUCUUCACGCCAUUUUAAAGCCCAAGACAUCUUGCCCAGCCGGCGGCGGAGGAGGAAGACGGCAACAGAACGGAGAGAGGCGGCGGCUAUAUGUGGGGGUCGACGAGCCGCCAACAGCAAGCCGACCCCUUCGCAAUCCCGGUGGGUUACAGUUGGAGCAGCUUUGAUGAGAAUAACAGCAGGAAGACGAAGAAGAACAGGUCCAGUUCUAGAAGAACCAAGUGAUAAUAAUAAAGAAAAGCAAGACAUGUCUUGCUUUCUAUGCUUCAAUUCUAUACACACUUGUGAGCUUUAACUGAAUUUUAUUUGGGAUUUCAUAGGGGAAAUAUAAUGUAGCAUUGAGUCAUUGAUUAACUCCCAUCAAAUUUAAUUAGAAGUGAUUGUUUGAGCGAUAUCCUCCCGAGUUUAGCAACCAU